AUGGACGGACGACAGCAGUAUAUCCCAGGGCCCCCGCCUUCAUCCCAAACACAUCCCAUGAACCUACCUCCGCCUCCGCCUCGCCAAGUUGUACCGCCUCCUCCCCCCGGACCGCCUCCGGGGUCGACAUAUACCCCAGCGACAGCGUACGGAGUUCCUACAGGGUGGCAGCAGCAGCAAAACUGGGGCAGACAGGCGCUGACCCCAGGCUUCCCACCACCCCCGCCCCCUCCACUUGCUGGCCCUGCACAAAACCACCAUCUAGCGUAUGGCCGCCCACCGGCUCCGUUAUCGAUAAUCCCGCCGCGCCCUCCCAAUGAGUCCCAACCGUUGACGUCCGCCACCUACAUACCCGGCAACGACACAAUUGGAGUCGGCAUCCCGGGGCUCUUUGACACUCAUGGAAGAGCUCAAUAUGACCCGUAUUCGCACUCCGCCACGGCCGAAAGACAACGGUUGGGUAUGAACCAACCGCAUGAGCUUAUCAACACACAAGCUCCAUACAAACUAGACCCUAGCCUCCCCCAAACUCCCGGGGCUCGCACUGCUCCCCAAUCUUUCGGUCUUCACGGUAACAUUCACGAACUGACAUCCAACGACAGCUCCCAGCCCCAGGCUGGUGAGAUUGUCAAGUCGUCAAGCCAUCGCCACAACCCGAGCGGUGCGUCGUUGGGCGGUUUGUCGCACAGCGAGGCUGCGAUUCAGUGGCCGCUGGAGCGAGUGCUCAUUUGGCUCGCUAGAAACGGUUUCUCCAAUGACUGGCAGGAAACUUUCAAGUCUUUGGAACUCCAAGGAGCCGACUUCCUCGAGCUUGGCCACGGCUCUGGCGGCCGAGGCAACCUGGGCAAAAUGCAUCAGGUGGUUUAUCCUCAGUUGGCCAAAGAGUGUGGCCGAAAUGGUACAAAAUGGGAUCCUGGCCGUGAACGAGACGAAGGCAAGCGCAUGCGCAAACUGAUUCGUCAAAUUCACGAUGGCUCGCAAGAUACGGUUUCUACGCCUUUGCAGCCGACACAGCCGAAUGCUUUCCCUGAUAGUAGUUUAGGGUGCUUUUCUAAUCAUUUCCCCGAACCGCGUUCUGCUGGUCCCAUCGCUGGUACUAACGAUGUGAGCCCGGAACAUCUCACUGCGCUGCAAGCCGCCAAUCAGAACCAAAAGCUGGCUGGACAGCGUUCGGUAACGAUGCCGGUUCCUACUGCUCACGAUUCGCCGAGAUAUGACUCUCCCGCACGCGAGUCUCCAACCUGGCUGCGAUCUGACUAUUCGCGCAAUGCCCUGGCUGGAAUCGGCGAGCAUCGACGCCAGAGCCCUUCGAUUGGUAGUGAAAGUGGUACAAUCCAUGGUGGUACCCUUCGACCCCAUGAGGGUAGCCCGAAAAGUGGUAGUCCAGCCUUGCCACAUGUGACACCCGCUUAUACGCAACAUCCAACAUCAUCUACUGGGGACUUAUCCCUGAAAUAUGACCACUCUCGGGGGAACAGCACCGACUCCAUUCCAGGUGUUGGGAGGGGCUCCACGUCCCGGUACUAUGGCAGACAAGGCCAAGAAGGCGCGCGCCCCUCUCCACAAGAUGCCUAUUCUCGCCAAUGGAGUGGAGAUACCCCUUCUUCGUAUAGAGACCACAGUAAAGGCUUCUUGGGUUUCCUCAAGAAGAAAACAAGACCCAAUGACUCCAGUCACCCAUCUCCUGAGCAGCAGCAAGACGACUCAUCGCCAACUACCAGUCCAGAGACUCGUCCUUAUGGGGCUUACCUCCCCUACUCAAAGCCUGGGUAUAACUCUAGUGAUUUGUCCGUUGGCGAGCGUCCAACUACGGGUACAACAAAGACCAAAAAAUGGGCUUUUGUGACCGUGGAUGGAUUGAACUUCCGCCUGGUUGAUAUCUCCGACAUGGAAUCAGUUGAGAACCUCCGCGCUGAGAUCUGUCGAAACAUGGCAAUCUCUGACUGGACCAGUGCUCAGAUUUUCCUCACAGAGCCUGGCCAGACUGAGCACGAGAAUCCUUUGAGCGAUGCGAAUCUCACGCACUCACGCCGCAGCAAGUCGGACCAAUAUGGUUCCCUCAAGCUGUUUGUGCGGGGACCUAUUCAUCCUCCUACUACUCCUCGGGUCGAUGGCCUGGGUGUUUCGUUCGCCGACAAGCAGAGCUUGUCUCCAACCGCAACGCACCACCAGGUUCACAGGAAGCCACUAGACGAAGACGCCCUGAAUCGCAUUUCACCGCACCAUGCUAUGCCAAGCUCUCCAUCCUUUGCCUCUCGGCAGACCACGAUCAAAGCUCCAGUGAAGACCUCUCCUGCGGAAACCACUCCAGGUCCGAACCAGGGACUAGAUUCUGAGAAAGCCGAUCUACUCGCCCGCCAUGAGGAACAUCUUCGUGAAGUUGAACGAAAACAAAAGCAAUAUUUCCUCUCCAAGGCGCCGCUGUCUCAACAAAAGGCCAAUGCCUAUGGUGAUACUGGCUACAGGCGUAACGAAGUCAUUGAUUUCGACAGUCCUCGCAUUUCGCCUUACGAUGAAAAGAAGGGAGAGUCGCUUGUGCCACUUCGCAAGCCGCCAAUGGCACCGGUUGAAUCCAACACCCUCACUAAGGUCAACUCCCUCAGUAGAAGACCUAGCGAGGUUAGCUAUCUCAGCAGAAGGCCUAGUGAGCGCCCUCGAACCCGGCCAGAUGUCCAAACACACGGCCUUGGGGCUGCAAUUGCCAGUGUUGGCCGUAUUACAAGUGCCAUUGGCACUCCAUUGCCUUCGGUGGCUCCAUCUUCGCCUACCAAUGGGGAUAGCGUAGGCUCAGAGUCGGAUCGGCCUGGGACACUUGACUCUGCUGGAACAGUGUCAAGCAAAACAACUUUGGGUGGGUACCACGCCCUUGAUUCUUGUUUCUUUGUUAACCAUCCAUUAGACUCGCGACCCUCUUCCUCGAGGAAUUCUCAGCCCGAAGUAUCGUUCGCCAAUCAACCGUCUGAAAAGUCUGAUAUUGACGGUCCAUCGAGGCCUACAUUGCAAUCCCGCAAGUCCUUUGGACCGGAGUUCGACUUUGAAGAAAAUCAAGUGUCCUUCCAGCGAACUCCCCAGCCAGAAGAUGAUUCGGACGACGAUUCAGACGAUGGUCUUUUCCAAGUCCGACCUUCAAGAACCCAGGAGGAACAGGAAACGGAACCAGAGCCUGACAGAAAGUCAGAGAGGCCGUCUCUCACAUUAAAAACUGGAGACCGGCUCAGCAAGGGACUAUCUGUUCGUUUCAAGUCUCCCAGCACGGCCGGUCCCAGUUCUGGAGAUGCAUCGGAUGGCAGGGAACCGUUCUCUGCCACCCCUUACGAACCCGUGUCGCCUGAAGAUGACAGGCUGCCUCGUCGGGAUUCUUUUGCCCGAGAUGUCUGGGCUAGCAGACCUGCUGUCGAAGGCGUUAUUGACAAGCUUGACGACUUCUUCCCUGACGUUGAUCUUGAUGCUCCUUAUUUGGAUGAGCCUCCAUCACCCACCCCCAAGGUCACUAAUGCUGAGCAUGAUGCAAGUUUCAACGAAAAGAAGGAAACCCCGCAGCCUAUACCGCAUCCCACUCCCCUUUCUAACAAUCCCUAUGGAUCUGAUGCAGCUACCGUCAGACCACCGGACGCUAGUAUUGUUGCUCGGCGCAAUAUCGCACGUGGUGGUGGCGGCGGUGGUCUGUCUCGUAUGAAGUCUAUUCGUCAAGUGGCCCAGGGAGCAAACCGAACGAAGAGUGUUAGCGCUGCUGGUCCUCAAAAGUCAGGUGAUCUUCUACGCCGGAAGAGCACAAAGAUGUUCGGCGCCAAGAUCAUGCAAAUCAGGCCUCGACCUGGUAGUCGGAUCAGCCAGCUCGAUCCCAUUCCGCAGAACAGUAACCAAGUCGCAUCGAAUGCUGGUUCUGUUCCUCAGCGACAGCCCACUUUCCGUAUCAUCCGCGGUCAACUUAUCGGCAAGGGCACCUACGGCCGAGUAUACCUAGGCAUGAACGCGGACAAUGGUGAAGUUUUGGCGGUGAAAUUGGUCGAGAUCAAUCCCCGCAUUGCGGGGACAGACAAAGACAAAGUCAAGGAAAUGGUCGCUGCAUUGGAUCAGGAAAUCGACACCAUGCAGCACCUUGAACAUCCCAACAUCGUGCAAUAUCUCGGUUGCGAGCGUGGCGAAUUCUCCAUCUCUAUCUACCUAGAGUAUAUUUCUGGUGGAUCCAUUGGAAGUUGUCUUCGCAAACACGGCAAGUUCGAGGAGAGUGUUGUGAAAUCGCUCACGCAGCAAACACUAAGUGGUUUGGCUUACCUGCACGACAAGGGAAUCCUCCACCGAGACCUGAAAGCAGACAAUAUCCUCUUGGAUCUCGAUGGAACCUGCAAGAUUUCUGAUUUCGGUAUUUCCAAGAAAACAGAUGAUAUCUACGGCAACGACUCGACAAACUCAAUGCAGGGUUCUGUCUUCUGGAUGGCUCCCGAAGUCAUCCAGUCCCAAGGCCAGGGAUACAGUGCCAAGGUCGAUAUCUGGUCUCUUGGCUGUGUGGUAUUGGAGAUGUUCGCUGGCCGAAGACCGUGGAGCAAGGAGGAGGCCAUCGGUGCCAUCUUCAAGCUCGGAAGUCUGAGUCAGGCUCCUCCUAUUCCAGAGGAUGUGUCUCUGAACAUUAGUCCGGCGGCUCUUGCGUUCAUGUAUGACUGCUUUACAAUCGACUCGGCUGAACGUCCUACUGCCGGAACUCUGCUCACACGCCACCCCUUCUGUGAAUCCGAUCCAAACUAUAACUUCCUGGACACGGCGUUGUACGCUAAGAUUCGCGUCUGA